GGAUGUUGACUAGUGAUGCCUGGACGCGGACAGAACACGCUGCUGCAGUAAUGGACGCCUUCGAGUUGUUUCGGAAACUCGGAGCUGGAGCUAAAUUUGACCUGAAGAGGUUUGGUCAAGACGCGGCUCGGUUUAAGGUCGCCAGAUCUCACGUCGGGGAAGCGUCCUCAAAUGCUUUUUCUGCGAUCGAUUACUUUGGCACGGGAGUAACCAGUAGAUCCCAGAGCAGUCCUGUAGAACUCGAUGAUGGUGGUGGUGAUGAUAAUGAGGAGGAAAAUGAAGUUUCUGGUGCAGAAGGCAAAAGGAAGCAAAGGGAUGAAGAGAAAGACUGGAGCACAGAAAAGAAAAGGAUGAAAAGUGACCAGGUGGAAGCUGUCCAAGUCAGAGACUCACUGCUGUUUGCUGUCUUCUGCCUGACUGAAGCUGCUGGCGGACCACUAAAAGACAUGGAGGGAAGCGGCAUCACCUGGACCUCCUCAUUAGAUAGAAAGAUCCAAAACCUGCCGAGCGAUGGGAAGGAGAAAUCCUCGCUGAAAAGGAUGAAGCAUCUUCAUCAGGAAAAGGUCAAUCGCAUUCGCUCUCAACACCGUAUAAACGUGCACGGCUGCGACGUACCUGAUCCUGUGAGCACGUUUGAGGACCUCCAGUCCGAGUAUCGACUCAGCCCACGUGUCCUCCAAAAUCUCAAAGACGCAGGGCUGACCUCCCCCACGCCAGUACAGAUGCAGGCGAUACCGCUCAUGAUGCAUGGUCGGGAGCUCCUGGCUUGCGCUCCCACAGGAUCUGGAAAGACUUUGGCUUUCUGUCUCCCGCUGCUCGCCCAACUGCAGCAGCCGGCCAACCUUGGCUUCAGAGCGGUGGUCAUCUCCCCGACCAGAGAGCUGGCCAACCAGACCUACAGAGAGCUGCUGCGCCUGUCAGAAGGAGUAGGAUUUAGAGUUCACAUCAUAGAAAAGGCCUCUCUGGCAGCCAAAAAGUAUGGACCACAAUCCAACAAGAAAUACGAUAUACUCGUAAGUACUCCAAACAGACUGGUCUUCCUUCUCAAGCAGGAUCCUCCAGCUCUCGACUUCAGCAGUGUGGAGUGGCUUGUUGUCGAUGAGUCCGAUAAGCUGUUUGAGGGCGGUAAGACCGGCUUCAGGGAGCAGCUCGCCGCAGUUUUUCUGGCCUGUUCUGGAUCAAAGGUGCGCAGGGCUUUCUUCAGCGCCACCUGCACGCCAGAUGUGGAGCAGUGGUGCCGCCUAAACCUCGACAACCUGGUGUCUGUCAACAUUGGACACAGAAAUACGGCAGUUGAUUCGGUGGAACAGAAGCUGCUGUUUGUUGGGACGGAGAACGGCAAACUGGUGGCCAUGAGGGACAUCAUCAAAACGGGUUUCCUGCCUCCCAUGCUGGUGUUUGUGCAGUCUAUAGACCGCGCACGGGAGCUUUUCCAUGAGUUGGUGUACGAAGGCAUCAAUGUAGAGGUGAUCCACGCAGACCGAACACAGCAGCAGAGAGACAACGUAGUGAACAGUUUCAGGGCUGGUAAAAUCUGGGUGUUGAUCUGCACGGCUCUGCUCGCCAGAGGAAUGGACUUCAAAGGAGUCAAUCUCGUGCUGAACUACGACUUCCCCACCAGCUCUGUGGAGUACAUCCACCGAAUUGGUCGGACUGGUAGAGCUGGACAUCAGGGGAAGGCCAUCACCUUCUUCACAGAAAAUGACAAGCCACUGCUGCGCAGCAUCGCGAAUGUCAUAAAACAAGCUGGCUGUCCUGUACCCGACUACAUGAUUGGCUUCAAGAAAAUACACAGUAAAGUGAAGCGGCGGCUUGAGAAUAAACCCCCCACAAGAAGCACCAUUUGCACGACUCCUCGCAUCUUAAUGAAGAAAAAAGGCAAAGCACCAAAUACAGGACCAAAGGGAGAGAAGCAGGCAGCGGGUGGAGAGCAGAAAGAGAAAAGGCAAUCUCAAACAGCAGUGCUGCAGCAGAAAGGAGAAAAGAAGACAAAAGGACAGGAGCAGAAGAGAAGAAAUAAAACACAGAAGGAAGGGGGAAGUGAAAAGCACAAGAAGACAACAUCAAAUUCCUCUGGAGCCAAGUUAAAAAGGAGAAAGGGGAAGAAAAAUAAGCCAUAAGAGGACCAGAGAAGAGUGGCACAAGACUGAUACAAAGAAGGACGAGGAUUUUUUGAUUUACAGCUAAUUUUCACAUUUGUGCUUUGUUUUAUCAGAUUAUAAAAUAAACAUUUUAUAUAUG